GAUGAGUUUUAAAACAACAUUUUCUCAUGGCCACUGAGUGCAACUAAGUGCCGCAAAGCAGCUACAACCGAAACCAAAACCAAGACCAAGCACCCACCUAAACAGAACUCAGCCCAACUUUACUCAGCUAAACUUAAAUUAAACAAAACCCGAAAGUAAAUCCAAGCUAAGCCUGAACAUAAAACUGAAGCAGUAGCUGUAAAAACUUUGGCCAUAUAACGCUCGGCAAAUCGUUGGAAAAGGCGGCUAGCAAAAUGAACGACAGUCGACGCAACACGGCAACGGAAUUCAGUUAUAUACUGCAACGGCAGGGCAGCGACGUGUCCGCUGCUGAGGCUUAUGCGUUCGACGACUUCAACAAUUUAAUGAAGACCGACCAUCAGACACAUCAGCAACAGGGCCAGCAGCAACAGCAACAGCAACAACAACAGCAACAGCAGCAAUCAUCGCAUCAGCAGCAGCAGCAACAACCACAACAGCAACUUGGGGAUGGCAUUUCUGGCGACACGUUGUCCUCAUUACCCCAAGCAUCGUUCAACUAUAUCAACUCGAUCGUUGGCAGCGGCGUCAUUGGCAUACCCUAUGCUCUGCACCGCGCCGGCUUUGGCCUGGGCCUGGCCCUGCUCAUCCUGGUCGCCUACAUAACCGACUACUCGCUCAUACUGAUGGUGAGAUGCGGUCACAUUUGCGGCAGAUUCAGCUAUCCGGGCAUUAUGGAGGCUGCCUAUGGCAAAUACGGUUACUAUUUGCUAUCGCUGCUGCAAUUUAUGUACCCCUUUCUAGCAAUGAUUUCGUACAAUGUUGUUGUGGGCGAUACUUUAUCCAAAGUUCUGGUGCGAUUCUUUCCAUCGUGGGGCGACUCGAUGGGCGCCGUUAGAUUGGGCGUCGUCUUUUUUGUCACUGUGGGCGUUGUCGUCCCCCUCUGCCUCUAUAAGAACGUAUCCCGUUUGGCGCGCGCCAGUUUCAUUAGCUUGGCGUGCGUUGUCUUCAUAUUGUUUGCCGUCAUACUGAAACUUAUGUCGGGCGAUUAUAAAGUCACGGAUACGGCCGAAUCCUGGCGCUUUGCGAACACGGACCUAAUACCCGCCACGGGCAUCAUGGUAUUUGCUUUUAUGUGCCACCACAACACUUUUCUUGUCUAUCAAUCGAUGCGCGAGGCGACCAUGGAACGCUGGGAGAAGGUCACCCACAUCUCAAUUGGUUUCGCCUGGACAGUGGCGGCUCUAUUUGGAAUUGCAGGCUACUCGACAUUCCGUGCUCUCUCCCAAGGCGACUUGCUGGAGAACUAUUGCUGGGAUGAUGACUUGAUGAAUUUCUCGCGUGUGCUCUUCUCAAUAUCCAUAUUGCUUACGUUUCCCAUCGAGUGCUUCGUUUCACGUGAGAUUGUUCGUGCUCUCGUGCAUCGCUUUGUGCUGAAGGAGCCCAUCAGUGAGUUUACCCAGGACAAGGAUCCUAGCAUGGAGAAGGGUGCCGAAAUCGAUGAGUAUUCGAAAGCGAUUACCUUGGCAAUUGUGUUCAGCGCCUUCAUAAUAUCGCCCAUGACCGACUGUUUGGGCUCCGUGUUGGAAUUGAAUGGUCUGCUGGCAGCCAUACCACUGGCCUAUAUACUGCCCGGCCUGGCCUACAUACAAAUGGAACCGCAUGCGCUCUUCAGCCGGGAGAAGCUGCCCGCUUUGGGUCUGGUUGUCUUUGGUGCGGUAGUCACCAUACUGGGCGCUGCGGUGCUGCUGCCAGGUCUAAUGGGAGGCGAUUGCCGCUCCGAUAUUGUGAUGGGCUAUUGCCGGCAGGAGUUCCAGAAUGGUACCGCUCAGGUUGCGCUCAAUUGAGAGCAGUAACAACAACCACAACAACAACAGCAGCAGGAGCAGGAGUAACGGCAACAGCAGCCAAGCCAAAAGUCAUUACUUUAGUCAUAAGUAUUGGCUAUACAAAUUUGCAUUGAUGUGGGUUUGCAGUUUGUGGACUGUGGAGUGUGGGUGGGAACCAAUUUAUUUUUGGGUACAUCAUUGAGUUUGGUUUAGUAAUGCCCUUGCAGCGUUUAUUUUAUUUGAUAAACAUAUCUUUGAUUAUGUUGCCCUAUAUUUAGCAACAAUUUCUUUUAAUAAAAAAACACUUUAAUUUUUUGCAGAUGACUUGACUAAAAUUGGCUAAACUUAAAUUGGUUA